AAAUACACAGUGUUUCAGAUACAAGAGUGGUGGAUCCGUUUACCGCAGCAAACACUCUUCUGAGUUCUGAGCUAGCGAGGUUGCAAUGGCGAUUAUCUCCGAUUUCAACGAAGAGGAGCAGAAACCCACUCACUCUUCGCCACCGCAACCCCAAUCCUCUUCCUCUUCCUCUUCGUCUUCGUUCAGUGCUGCUUUUGACCGGUCAAACCCUAUCGCUUUUCUGGAGAGAGUCUUCCAGUUCGUCUCCGAACACAGCGACUUUCUGGCGACGGAGAGCGCCGAGAAGGAGAUAGCGUUGCUGGUGCGCGCCGCCGGGAAGAAGAAGAGGGAGUUUCUCAAGUCGGAGAGAGAAAAGGCCGAGAAGAAGAAGAGAGAGGACCUCAAGGCCUCGGAGGAGAGGGAAAAAUCCGACAAGAGGUUGAAGGAAGAGAAGGAACCCAAAGCCGAAGACACCAGCAAAGACGAAAGCACCUCCAAAGUUCCAAACAAAGGUAAUGGCUUAGAUUUAGAUAAAUACUCUUGGACUCAAUCACUUCAAGAGGUUAAUGUUAAUGUUCCGGUGCCAAAUGGAACCAAAUCAAGAUUUGUUACUGUUGAGAUAAAGAAGAACCAUCUAAAAGUUGGACUCAAAGGCCAGCCUCCAAUUAUUGAGGGGGAGUUUUAUAAGUCUGUCAAGCCUGAUGAUUGCUAUUGGAGUAUAGAGGAUCAGAAUGCAAUUUCUAUUCUUUUGACCAAGCAUGAUCAAAUGGAAUGGUGGAAAUGUCUAGUGAAAGGUGAUCCUGAGAUUGAUACCCAAAAGGUUGAACCUGAAAACAGCAAACUUGGUGACCUGGAUCCUGAGACUCGACAGACUGUUGAAAAAAUGAUGUUUGACCAGAGGCAGAAGUCUAUGGGCCUCCCUACCAGUGAAGAGCUCCAGAAGCAGGAAAUGUUGAAGAAAUUUAUGUCUGAGCAUCCGGAGAUGGACUUUUCUAGGGCUAAAAUAUCAUAAAUGGGUGCAUUACUCUUGGCAAACUUUUUUGGGUCUGAUCUUAUUGCAUGCAGGCAGGUCCAGCUAUUAUACUAAUACUGGUGCUACCUUUAAUCGCAGUUUAUUAUCGUGUUAUUUCUUUUUGGGUUUUGAACACAAUGAACUUUGUUCAUAGUAGUUUUUUUUAUUUUGAUAUAGUCAGAUCUAUUUUGGAAAUGAUCUUUAUUGCAUACAGGCUACUGGUGGUACCUUUGGUUGCGGUUUAUCUUGUUAUCUCUUUUUGGUUGUGAAUGCAGUGAAACUUUGUUCAUAAUAGCUUAUAUUUUGAAUGGAGAAUUUGCGGCUAGAUUUAUUUUCAA